AAACAGUGGCGAAAUAAAGAAUAGUGAAGAGAAUACUAGCACUGAAGUGAAAGAGAGCUGGGUUCCCAAAGAAUCUUACAAGCUGGACUGCGCUGACUUUGAUCCUAACUUCAACGCAUUUGGAUGUGGGUCCAACAUACAGGAUUCCACUGAAUGUCCUGCGCCCUGUACAGAAAAAUCUAAUAUCCAGAAAAAUGGACCAGGCUCCCUACAAACACAAAAACUUGGGGUACCUGAUAAAUUUGAGACUAUGGAAUUAACACCAGAAAGCCAGAAAGAAACCAAUGAUCGGAUUUUAACUGACGGUUGGGCUGCGGCUGAAAAAGAUGCUCAAGGUGAACCUUCAGGAGGAAUAAUGGUGAACCGAAGGACCAUAUUAUCUGAGACCUCAGACCAAGGAAACGUGUCUCUGAGCAGACAGUUGCUUGUAGGUGAUCGAGCACCCAGACCCCUUUGUGGAAAUACAGAAACAGCGAGUGAAAGUAACCAGCCAUUUACAGAAAGUGAAGAAUUCAGACCGCCUAUGGAAGUUCUUGGAAUACAAAUAGACUAUCUAGAGCAAUUUGGAAUGGCCUCGCUGAAGGAAUCUGUUUUGAGAAAGCAGUCCCUGUACUUGAAAUUUGACCCUCUGCUCAGCGAAAGCCCUAAGAAAAGGGGCCCCGAUGCUAGUGGAGCACCUCUUCCGGUGGCGGCCUUGCUGCAAAAUGGAACUUCUACAAAAACUGCACCCACUGAAGCAAAAACAUCUGAACAGGAAGAAAAGCUGUUGGGGCUUGACUUCCCAAUUUUUCCAGAUCUGGCAAAGACAUCUCCAGACAUCUCCACCAGUAAUGAUGUGCCAUUGUUCUCAUGUGCUCAGCCUCCUGAAGCUAUUAUAGAUGUACUGAAAUACAGUCAAAAAGAUAUGGACGAAGCUUUACAGAAGGUAAAACUUGAGAUGGAUGCUGUUGUUCAAACACUUACUGCUGAGGUGCAAGAAAAGCAAAGGGAAGCUUUGGAAUGGAAGAGGAAGCAUGAAAAAAUUUAUGCUGAAAGUAAAGAAAUGGAAAAAAUUGUUGCUGAGUUUGAAGGCACCAUAACACAAGUGAUGGAGGAUUCUCAGAUCCAAAAGGAGCUUGCAAAAAAAGAACUGCAGAAAGUACUGGAUGAAAAACAGCAAGUUAUUUCUGAUCUGAACGCCAUGGAGAAGUCUUUCUCUGAAUUCUUCAAACGAUUUAAAAAACAGAAGGAGGCAAUAGAAGGAUUUCAAAGGAAUGAAGAAGCUCUGAAGAAAUGUGUUGAAGAUUACCUUGAGAGAAUUAAGAAGGAAGAACAGAGAUACCAAGCACUUAAGGCACAUGCAGAAGAAAAGUUGCAUCAAGCAAAUGAAGAGAUUGCCCAAGUGAGAAGCAAAGCCAAAACAGAAGUGGUUGCACUCCAAGCCAAUUUGCGCAAAGAACAAAUGAGAAUCCAGUCACUAGAGAGAAGCAUUGAGCAAAAGGCAAAAGAAAAUGAUGAACUCACAAAAAUCUGUGAUGAUUUGAUUUCUAAGAUGGAAAAAAUGUGCUAGAUCUCUGCAUUCAUCCCAUUUAGUUCUGUUUUCCAAUUUUGGGGUAGAUUAUUUAUUAAAUGUAUUUCUGUGCUUCAGUUUCA